GUUUUGGUGUGUAUUAGGGGCAGGGUUAUUUGGCUGUGGGUACAUGUAUGUGUACAGGUGAGCAUGGAGGCCAGUGGACACCAUCCAGGCUUUCCUUCCAGCCCACGUACAUUACUAUUUGAGACAGAGUCAAUCAGUCUCUCUCCCCCCUUCUCCCCCACCCCGUGUGUGUGUGUGUGUGUGUGUGUGUGUGUGUGUGUGUGUGUGUGUGUGUGUGUGUGUUGUGCAUGUAUAGGUCAGAAGACAGCUAUCAGGAGUUAUCCCCUCUUUCUACCAUGUAUGUCCCAGGUAUCGAACUCAUGUUGUCAGGCUUGUUGGCAAGCACCUUUUCCCUCUGAGGCAGCGGUUCUCAACCUUCCUAAUGCUGUGACACGUCAAUGUAAUUCCUCAUGUUGUGACCUCUGAGUGAGGCCGAGUUAUUUAUACCUCCAAUUUCCCCAUCAUAACCAAGCUGGCCUCUGCCCCGCAACUCUACGUGGAUCCUCCACAUGCUGACCUAUCUUCAGAAUCCUGAGGAAGUCAGAGACAGACCGAGACUAGAAACCACGGAGGACAUGCCUACCGACAUGAAUUUCUGCCAGAUGCCCCAGCGAUUGGGAGCAGAGGAGCAGGAUGGAUCGUGUGAGAGAUUGGUGUCCUUUGAUGAUGUGACUGUGGACUUCAGCCAGGAGGAGUGGCAGCACCUGGACUCUGCCCAGAGAUGCCUGUACCAGGAGGUGAUGCUGGAGAUCUACAGCCACCUCUUGGCAGUGGGUAAAUUGCAGCUUGACAUACAACAUCAACAGAUUUUUGUGAAAGCUUCCUUUCUAACUGAUGCAGCCAGCGAAGUCACACGGCAUGGCUCAUGUUCUGUUUUAGAGAAACUUUGGCAGGAUGAUGACACUGCUGCAAAAAUAGAUCAGCAAAGCCAGGUCCGACCCAUAAGUCCUGAUGCUUUCCGAAACCAGAAGUUACUGAACAUAGACAGCGUUUGUGACUAUGAAGAAACUGGAGAACCCCACCUCAUUUCUACACAAUAUGUACCUCCAAGAGCAAAUAGUGACAAUCAAAGCAAUACCAUAGAGCAGCUCAAUGAUAUUAUCGGAUCUCAUCAGUUUUUUACACAAGGUUCUUCUAAUGACGUGUGCACAGUUCCCCCUCAAAGAGAGAAAUCAUACAAUGAGAGUCAGUUUGGAAACAUUCUUUCUCCUAACCUGCCACUUAUGGAUCACGAAAUUAAUUUUCAAGACAAACCAGUUGGAUACACUGGAUGUGGGAAGGUCCUCACUGGUGAGACGGUUUUCUGUGAACAGCAAAUAACUAACAAUAUGGAGACAUCUUUUAUCUGUCACACAUGUGGGAAAACGUUUCUUCACAAAUCUAAAUUGGCCUCCCAUUCAGAAACUCAUAGAGAAGAGACACCUUAUGAGUGUCCUGACUGUGCCAAAUCACGGAGGGGUAAAUCUAGCCUGCAAGUGCUCUGUGGAAUCCAAACAAAGGAGAAACCUUAUGAAUGCCAUGUGUGUGGGAAGUCAUUCAGUUACACAUCCCAUCUAAAGGUGCACCUUCGGACACACACUGGUGAGAAGCCGUAUGCAUGUUCUGACUGUGGAAAAGCUUUCAGCCAAAAGUCCGUUCUCACCAUCCAUCAGAGAAUCCACACUGGAGAAAAGCCGUACACAUGCAGUGACUGUGGGAAAAUGUUUGUUUGUGCAUCCGAUCUGACAAAACAUUGUCGAUUUCACACAGGGGAAAAGCCUUAUGAGUGCCCUGACUGUGGGAAGUCAUUCAGUAUUAAAUCUAAUCUGCUUGCACACCAUCGAAUUCACACCAGUGAAGGACCUUACAAAUGCUUUGACUGCGGGGAAUCAUUCAGGAAAAUAUCCCAGUUGAAGGUACAUCAUCAGAUUCACACUGAUGGUAGAUCUUUUGUAUGUUCUGACUGUGGAAUGGCCUUCAGCCAAAAGUCAGUCCUCACCACACAUCAGAGAAUUCACAGUGGAGAUAAAUGUUACCCGUGUAGUGACUGUGGGAAGUUGUUUCUUUAUGCUUCGGAUCUGAAGAAGCAUUGUCGGUUUCACACAGGAGAGAAGCCUUACAAAUGCCAUGACUGUGGGAAAUCAUAUAGUGUGAAGUCGCACCUACACGUGCAUCAUCGAAUUCAUACCGGUGAGAGACCUUACAAGUGUGAUGAUUGCGGAAAGUCAUUCAGAAGAAACUCUCACCUACAGAUGCAUCAGCAAACUCACACCGGUGAGAAGCCUUACAAAUGCUCUGACUGUGGGAAGUCAUUCCGGAGAGCAUCCCACCUGAAGGUACAUCAUCGAAUUCACACUGGGGAGAAGCCUUAUGUGUGUUCUGAGUGUGGCAAGGCUUUCAAUGAUAGGUCAGUUCUCAGCACACAUCAGAGAAUUCACACUGGAGAGAAGCCUUACAUAUGCAGCGACUGUGGGAAAGCAAUGUCUUCUAAAGCCAAUCUCAAAGAGCAUCAACGAAUUCACACAGGCGAGAAGCCAUACGUGUGUUCCGAAUGUGGGAAGGCCUUCAGUGAUAAGUCUUCUUUCUAUAGACAUUGUAAAAUUCACAGUAGGGACAAACCUUUUGUCCAUAACAGAGGUGAAAAGGGUUUCCUGCAGAAUUCACAAGUGACAUCCUAUGAGCAAACUCAGAGUGCAGAGAAAUGACAGUGAUGCUCUGCCUGUGGGAAAUGUGUUAUGUAUCAGCUGAAGGCAUAUAAUCAAGUCACACAUAUUACCAUUCCUGAAGCUGUGGGACAUUGUACAUCAACUCUAGGUGCACCGUCCAUGCAAUACUGAGAAGAAACAUGAAUUCAGAAUACAGAAAGUCCCUCAAAAUCAUGUCAUUUCAAUAGAUUCAAGUACUCAUACCAGGCAUUCAUUCGAUCACAUAAAAGAAUUUAUUGUAGAGUCCGUUCCUUAUCCAUUUCCCUCAUAAAAAUAUUCCCCUUGGUUUUAAUGAAAAGUGAUUUAUCACAGCUCUAAAUAAGACUAGGAAGAUACACUACUCAGUUGGUAAAGUCUUUGUCUUCUGCACACCACAGGCAAACACACAUAACCCGCCACAGGUGUCUACACACAAUACAUACACAAACUACUAUACAAGCCAUAGUCCAUAGUUUAAAAAAAAAGCUAUGCAUUGCUUGUUUAAACAUAAAUAUAUGUUUGAGAAAUAUUAAUCAACUUGUAGGAAGACGCACAAAUGCCUGUACUGUAGUAGAUAUUUUAUGGACUGUGUUUCUUUGCAUGUUGAGGAAAUACUGACUAAUUAUUUGAGACCUUCUAAAGUUAAGGUUACAAGAUUUUGAGGCUUUUAGAAAAGUUUAUUGGAAAUUAUAUCAAUAUUACAUCAAUGGUUUUUUUGUUUAAUGCAGGAGGUUUUUUGUUUUUGUUUUUUUCUUACAUGAGACAGGGUCUCACUAUGU